GCAGCCAUUCAUGUCGGACCAGUGGAGACGAUGAUCGAGAGACUCCCUCCUGGGAUCGAGGUGAGUGCCCCUUUCCUCAACCAUCGCUGCUGCUUGAAAGAUCCAACAACCGAUCAAGAGCGGUUUGGUCCUUUUGUAAGAAAAAUGAAACGAACAGAUUGAUCCGGUCAAAUCAAAUCUGCCUAAUUUUGAAAAUAGUUGUUAAUAUUAUGGUUAAGGGGAGACGAAAGGAGCCGAUCACUUCUCUUCUUCUCCCACCGACCACUGCGCUCAUGUGUCUCUUCCGUCCAUUGCUCUUCCUUCAAUUAUCGGCCAACAACUUAGGAGAACAUGUGGUCCAAUCAAUCCACGGCCCGACCGAGUCACUUUCCGAUUCGAUCGAGUCGCCGUCUAGUGGCUCGGCUCUUUAUGAGGGUAAAUUGACACCAUCAGCCAACAACCCCACUCAUAAUUUUGGAACAGCCGACAACUGAGGGCUUUCGUUGGCCCGAUGUGUUCUUCGGCAUAGGGCCACACCGCAUUGCACGGCCCAAGACACUCGGAGGGAACUGAAACAGACAGAUGGUGCAGAAAAAGAAGACGAGAUUUCAGAUGCCGCUCGUAUCUAAUGGCGCUGAAGGUACGCGAUCUAUUCGUCAACAGCUCUUCUCCACUUUGUUAUCUCGCGAUCGUUCAUCUACUGCGGAAAGGCGAAAAUUUUCGAUGAAUUUUUCUACACUUGCGCAGGUAUCGGUCAUCUUCCUCGACGAGUGCCCCGUUUCAGAUGAUUUAUUAAUGUGCGUGCGGCCAUCAUCGGAAUCAGAGAACCAAGGCCUAAUGAACAGUGAAGGAUGGUUCCUCCUACAGAAACCUCUUUCCAGGUCGGCCGCAAGACCAUACUGGCCCAACCCAAAGCGGACAAUUCCUCAUGGCUUAGAGAGUUCGCACCAGUGUGGAUCUUGUUCCAAUGUCAAGUUUAGCUUCUUUCAGAGUUCGCACCAGAGUUGCUCCUUGCAUGAAAGAAUUGUGUAGCUUCUUUCAGAGCUUGAGCCUUCGACCAACCAAUCUUUUCCCAAAUGCAAGUUGCCAAUGAGUAACAUGUCAAAAUCUUAUACUUUCCAUGACCAAAUCCAAAAAGUCAGUUACUAUUGACAUACCUUACCAUCUUUGGCUAUUAUUGAAUUUAGGAAAAUUAUGAGACUCAUCCGCACCAGAUUAUCGAGCACGGGACACCUUUUCUUGAUUGAGGCCCUCCCUGGAUUUUCUUUUAGAUUACUAUUGCUUGGAAGAGAGGGAUUCUAUGCAAACACAGGAAAUUUAUUCUGUGAGAGAUUUUAUAAUUAAACAAAAGAAACAGUAAAUUACUUUUUUACUUGCAAUGUGUAUGCGCAAUAUACUAAGUUUCAAGUGUGAUUCACUCGUCAGAAUGGUAUGCUGUACUGGUGCCAUCCAGUAUGGAAUAAAACUGAAAUUGACAUCUUCAAGUGCCGUAGAUGGACUUGAUACAACUCUUUUGCCCCUUGUGUUUGACCAUUUUACUUGUGUUGUUGUCCAUUUGACAAGUUCUUUUUGAUAGUUAUGAAUGUUAUAUCUUUAUGAAACAUCAUCUUUUGGUCUUUAUAAAUGAGCAUGAGUCUUGUUUUAGCUGAUCAUAUAUAAAGCCUCUCCAUGAUCUUCUAUGAUACCAAACAAUCAAGACCAUGAUCAAAUGACACCUUGAACAAAUGAUGAACCAUACAUAGAAAAUUACAAAAUGGACUUCAAGUACAAAUGCUACAAUUCCUUUCUGUAACUGUGAAAAACAGUGAUUUUGAACUUUACAGUUGAACACAGUUAUUUACCAUGUGUUGCCUGUCAAACACAUCAUGCAGAAGGCUCUGGAUUGUGCCACAAUUUGAAUAUGCACAUUCUGAUUGCAGAAAUUUGAGUUCUGCAGUUGAAAGACAAACCAGACUGACAUUCUUGUUACAGUUGCUCAUAGCUUGAAAUAUCCAAAUGUGAGUUAGAUCAGAAACUGUUUCAUUUUCCAGGUUGACAAAAUGAAAGAGAAACCAAGUUGUGCUGUGGAGGUGUUUUGGUAAAACCGGAAAACAACUAGGUUAACUGAAGAAACCUAUGAAGAUCAGCCAGUAGAGAACUAA